UGGGCGUGGCCCGCCGCGGGGUCAGGCCGGGAGUGAAGGCGCUCGGUUGCUCCUUCCUCUCUUUCUCUCCCCCCCUCUCCGCUCCCGGCUGUGGGACUGCUCACCGCGGGAUCCCUCCGCCGCGGAGCGGCGUUGCGCGCUCGCUUUCGUCCUCCUCCGCCUGCUCGCUGCCUCCCAGCGAGGGAUUAUUUCGCGCGGUUGUGGCGGCGGCUCCGGCGGGGCCCAGCGCGGCGGGACGGGCUUGCGCGGAGGAUGGAGCCGGCUGGCGGUCGCCUGAGAGAAGCAACCGCCCCGUGAGGGAGGACGCGGGAGCGCAGAGGCCUGCUUGGGGCCGCCGGGCCCUACCGGGCGGGGACCCCGCGGCCAGGCCGCGCCUCAGCGUUCGGGCCUGCUCCCCCGGAGCCCACCCUUGGGGGGGCCCGGCCCGGCCCUGCCCGCCGCCGGGGGCUGCCCCCCGCGCUCCUCGCCGCCGGGCCCCCUCGCCCCCCGGGGGGCGGGUUUGCCGGGGGGGCGGGAGCGCGGAGGGGGCCGCUCGGGGGGUGGCGGGGCGCUGCCGCCCGGCCUCGCCGCCGCCCGCCCCAGGGGCUGCUCCGUUCGGGCCGGGGGGAGGCGAAGCACCAUGGUGGAGAAGCGGUGCCCGCGGCUGCAGCGGGACAGCGUGUACCGCUGGUUCUCCGAGCUGCCCUCCCCGCAGCGUGUGGAGUUCCUGUGCGGCCUCCUGGACCUGUGCAUCCCGCUGGAGCUGCGGUUCCUGGGCGCCUGCCUGGAGGACCUGGCCCGCAAGGACUAUCACUCUCUGCGCGACUCCGAGAUCAAGGCCAACAACCCCGCCGACCUGGGCAGCCUCACCAACCUGACGGACGAGGUGGUGCGCAGCAAACUUCUGGUCUCCCUCGCCCUGCUCGGGUCUGCCCACCGAGAGGCGGCCGGGGUCUUGUUCCGGACCCUCACCCACAUCGAUUCCGUCAUCAAUAACUAUGGGCUGCAACUCAACGAGGGCCGCACGGGGGAUGAAUUCCUGUUGCUUUUCACCAUGGCAUCCAACCACCCGGCAUUCAGCUUCCACCAGAAACAGGUGCUGAGGCAAGAGCUCACCCAGAUCCAGAAUAUCAUGGCCAGCACCAGCAAGAAUCCCAGCACCUCUACCCUCAACACCAUGGCAACGUAUCCUGGCUGCCAUAAGGUCACUCCAAGGUCCGAGACCCCCAUCAACAGCGUCAAUAACAGUUUGGAAAACGUACUACACACAUCAACACAUUCCAUUGAGGAGUCAUUACCCAAGAGGCCUUCAGGGAAACACUCCAAAGUGAGUGUUGAAAAAGUGGAGUUAAAGGGACUGGCACACAAGAAGAAUGAAAGAAAUGUUGAAUAUUCCUUUGAGGUCCUGUGGUCUGAUUCUUCAGUGACAACGGUAACCAAAUCUUCCACUGAAGUGACUGAAUUUAUUUCAAAGCUGUCUCAGCUGUAUCCAGAGGAAAACUUGGAGAAAUUCAUUCCUUGCCUUGCUGGUCCAGAUUCAUUUUACCUGGAACGGAACCACAUGGACCUGGAAUCGGACCUUAGGUAUUUGGCACCAUUACCUUCCCAUGUGGUGAAAAAUGACCACGUUCGAAAGUUCUUCAGCUCUUCAUCUCCUUCACAGCAACUUCAGAGUUCAAAUCCUGGCAACCCCUCCCUUUAUAAAGUAGGAACUACGCUGGGAACGUCUGGAAGGCCCAUAUGCGGCGUGGCCGGCAUCCAGGCGGCACAGAACCACGUCGCGCACUCUCCGGCGGGUCCCGUGGCUCUGCCCCACUGCGCCCACGGCACGGGGACUGGCCCAGCGCUGCCGUAUCGCGCACCCAUGGACACCCCGGCCUCCCCUGUGCUCAUGUCCGCCAGCCCACAGAACCCCCCGACGCAGGAGCAAAACGGCAUCUUAGACUGGCUCAGGAAACUGCGCUUGCACAAGUAUUAUCCUGUCUUCAAACAGCUGACGAUGGAGAAGUUUCUGAGUCUUACUGAGGAAGAUCUGAAUAAGUUUGAAUCCCUCACCAUGGGAGCAAAGAAGAAGCUCAAGACCCAGCUGGAGUUGGAGAAAGAAAAAUCAGAGAAACGGUGCCUGAACCCCACGGCCCCGUCUGCAGUGACCAGCAGCGGAGUGGCCAGGGUUCCCCCCACCACGCACGUCGGGCCCAUCCAGAGCAUUCGCGGCAACCACGCUGCAGAGCUGCGGGUGGACGUGGAUCAGCCAGCGCACCCCCUGCCCCGGGAGGGCAGCUCUUCCGAGUACUCCAGCUCUUCUUCCAGCCCCAUGGGGAUCCAGACGCGGGAGGAGAGCUCGGACAGCGCCGAGGAGAACGAGAGACGUUUAGAGAUUCACUUGGAUGGUUCGGAAAAGGAGAAGCCGGUGAUGUUGCUGAACCAUUUCACUUCGAGCUCUGCCAGACCCACGGCUCAGGUCUUACCGGUGCAGAACGACACGGGCUCCAAUCCUUCCGGCCACCACGCUCUGCCCAUGCAAAUGAUGUCAGCGGCCUCCCCUCAUAUCACCCCCAUCCGGAUGCUAAAUUCGGUGCACAAAUCAGACCGCGGCAAUGCAGACAUGAAGCUACUUUCAUCGUCUAUGCAUUCUCUUUUAUCUUUAGAAGAAAGAAAUAAGGUUUCUCCUGGACCUAGGGGCAGCAUAAAAAUGGAAAAGAGCUUUGGGAAUGCCGUGGUGGACGUCAUGUCUGCGUCGUCUCCCCACCAGCCCUUGCAAGUGCUGUCGGGGGGUGCUGAGAACAGCUCGCCCACGUCGACUAUUAACUUUGGGCCUCGAACCAAAGUCGUCCAUGCUUCGACUCUGGACAGAGUGAUAAAAACUGCUCAACAGCCGGGAUUAAUAGUAGAAACGAGCACCGCUGCCACCGUAACGUCCAGCACAGUCUUCCAUGUGGCUCGUCCACCCAUCAAACUCCUGGUGUCUUCGUCUCUUCCUACUGAUUCUGCCAUCGCUGGACAGACUUCCUGCUCCAGCAAUAUGCAAAUAACGGUGUCCCCCGCAAUAAUUAACCCCCGGACUGCUCUGUACACAGCCAACACCAAAGUUGCCUUUUCCGCCAUGAGCAGCGUGCCGGUGGCGCCGAUGCAAGGCAGCUUCUGCGCCAACAGCAACGUGGGCUCCUCCAGCAGCCACCCCUCCACGUCCUUUGCCACCAUGGGCACGCUGCCCAGCUGCCCCGCGCCCAGCUCCAGCCCCACGCUCUCCUCGGCGCCCGACAGCAACUUCUACAGCAGCAGCAGCAGCAGUAGCAGCAGCAGCAGCAGCAGCAGCGGAUCCACCGGCAGCAUCCCCGUCCCCAACCAGACCCACCAUCACCACCACCACCAGCAGCAGCCGCCGCAGCCUCCCGGCUGCAUGGUGUGCAGCUCCUGCGGCUGCAGCGGCAACUGCGGCUCCGGCGGCAUGACCGUCAGCUACGCUAAUUAUUUUCAGCACCCGUUUUCAGGACCUUCCAUGUUUACUUUCCCCUUCCUGCCCUUCAACCCUUUGUGUAGCAACGGCUACAUCAACACGCAGCAGUACAACAGCAGCACGACGUUCCCUGUGGUCCACACCGCCUACAACAGCGGUUUAGCGCCGGACUCGGUCAUGAGCGGCCAGUCCACGUUCGCCGUGCCGCCCAUGCAGAACUUUCUGGCGGGGACGGCGGGGGUGUACCAGGCACAGGGGAUGAUGGGCAACGGCAACGGCUCGAGUCACAAAAAAAACGGGAAUCUCUCGUGUUACAACUGUGGGGCCAGUGGUCACCGAGCUCAGGACUGCAAACAGCCGCCGAUGGAUUUCAACCGACAAGGUACGUUCAGGCUGAAAUACGCUCCUCCCUCCGAAAGCCUCGACUCCACAGACUGACCUUGUAUCAGCUGGCAAGAAAAUACUGUAAGCCAUGGAGACGUAAGGAGAUCGAAACACAAAACUGAGACGUCCAGUUGCUGUUAAGCUUAAUGUAUUUUUUAAUCCAAAGGUGCUUUACUUUAUUAGACUAGGUAGAAAAUCUAGCUUAGGGGGUGCAUCAAACCCAUUUUGGAUUGCCAAAUUCAAGCUUGGAUCUUGUCGUUGGAACUUCUGACUACGCGUCCUCGGACCGACGGACAGUGGAGCUGGCCAGCCCCGUUUGCUGUUGCAAGUACAACAUCCGAUGUACUUAUUUUUUGAUAUUAUUUUGCUGGAGAAUGUUGCCACACGUGGACUUUCUAAGGUGAAACGUCUGGCUCCAGGGCAGCUACGUUGGGAGGUGAAGCUGGAGGCGGAGGGCAGGAGCGGCCGUUCCCCAGAAGGACUCGGGCACCCCUGGGCUAGGUAAAUCCUCUACUUUUUUUCAAAAGUGAUCAGGCACUAAUCUCUGGGAUUUUUAAGGAUUGCACUACAGAAGAAUGUAAAACUCUUCAAGCUUUCUGCACUUUGAGCAGACGGUGUCACUCUGAGACCAGUGCAAGAGGCAAAGAAGUUCCAACUUUUAAAAAUUGGCACCAGCAGGUUAUGUGACUUAACUCCACAAUAAAAAUCUUGAGUAAAUCUCUCCUUUCCCUUCCAAAAGAACCCACACGGCAGUUUCGGUUCCUUCUGGAAACAAACUUGUGCUUCAUUGUCUCACUUAUUACUAGACAGUGCUGGCUUCCCAGCAGUGGAAUAAUUGUAGUUUCCAAGGGUCCAAGUCCCAGAGACUCCAGGGUCAUAAAGGCUUCAAGGAUAUUUUCCUGUAAUACGCAAAACAACCUUUACGUCCUGUUACUGUAUAUAGGUCUCUUUCACAGAAACCUUAUUAUUCUGCUUUUGUAAAUGAAUUUUAAACCAUCCUUUAAACAAAAUAACAACUCUGGUGGCAGAGUUUGUAAGCUUUUGCUUUACUUUAUAUAAAAAGAAACCCCUUUGAUUCCUACCCCAAGGCUUUUGCUACAGAAUUCAGAAGUGGUAGAAGUCGAACAUGUAAAAGGUAGUAAACUUCAUUAUUAUCGAGACUUUGAAGGAUUUCUUGUCAGCCUCCUUCGUUACACUAGAUUGUAGAUGACUAGCUUUGGUGUUAACUACUUUAGCGUACAUCAUUUGUGGGUGACAAAUCCAAAUUAGGACUUGAGAGGAAGCCAAACAAAAUCUCAAACUGUUAAUUUGAAACAGUUUGGUCCUGUCUGGUUGAAAGAAGAUACUAAAUCCUCGUGGCUCACCCGGGGAAUCCGACAGCGUUCAAAAAGCAUAAUAAUGGGUGAGGCUUUCUCUGGAAAUUGUCUGACACAGAGAUAUUUGCAUCCUGUAAUUUGGAAGACACCUUUAAAGUCUGAAGCCUUGUUUACACUUGGAGGUAUUUGUGACACCGAUUUAAACCACGCCAGGAUGAAUAGUUUGUGUGAAUAGGUGCUUGUGGCGGUGCUGACGUUCGCUGGGACGCCAGGGAGCUCGCAUCCCAGGAGGGGUUUUGCAGCGAUGACCCAUCAGUGCAAGGGAGGGAGGCGGUACCUGGGGGGUCAAACCCUUCCUGGGCCGUGUUCAUGGGAAAAAUAUAAAACAAAUGUUCCGGGCCAUCCUUGUGUCCCACCGGGGCGGCGAGGAGGAGAAAUGAGCAUCACCGGUAACCAGAGAAACCAGACUCGGUCCAGGUAGCGAUCUGCGGCUCGCAGCGGAUUUGGCUUUGUGGAAACGGGAAUCUAAAUUUGCAAAAUGUUUGGUUUAAAAAAAAAUAGAAAAAAUUCUUUUUCUAUUCCUAUGCAAUGACAAAGCAGAUGAGACGUGCGUGUGCUCAGCCCAGAACCGAAACGCUCCUGGUGGCUCUGCCUGCGUGUGAGGAGGUGACACCCAGACCUACAACACUAAACCUGACGAAAACUGACAAUGCAAUUAACUCUGCCUUAAUGAGCUUGAGACAAUGGGAGGAACAACCUGUCACACCCUAUUUCACUGAAGGAAACGCUGCAGUUUUCAGUGACCAUGUUUACUAUUUACAGCUUCGAGGGUCUCUCCAGUGGCCUGAAAACAUGUGCUGAAAGCCAAACUUUAAUUUUUUCUUUUUUCACUUUUUUUAAACAGUAUUUUACAACUGAAUUGUAUUUAAAUAAACUGUAUUUCAACACACACACAAGUGUUAAAAACCCGCUCAAAAUAGCAAAAAUCAACAGCAAAAAAGAGAAUAAUUUCUGCACCAGUUUUAAUGCCCAAGGCUGGGCAGUCUCGCCCAAUAUUCAUCGGAGUGGAAACCGUCGCAAAGGGGCUGGAAAUCUGAACGUUUGUCCGGCGAACGGUUUCACCCCUUUUGUCAGAGCUUUCUGUGGGAUCGUUUCCUUUCUGUGCAGUUAAGGCUGAUGUUUCUUAAAGCGGCCGAUGUGAACUUUUGAUGUAACGGUUUUAAAUGGUGAAGUCUGGUUCCAGACUAAGUUCCAAUUCCUGAGUUUGGAGCAACUUAAAGCGAGACGAGCGUCACAGAGAAAGGUCUGACAGGCCCAAAUGAGAGCGACUUGUGGCCUCAGAUCUGCUACCGAACGCUGCCCACUUUGCACCGGGAACAACCAAAGCUGGGGAGUCUGAACAGUGCACUUUAGUUCCAUAAAUUAAUCCUUCGUCUGGUUUUUAAAAGGCACAAAUCCAUCUUUUUACCCCUGAAAAGGCAGCUUGUUUUAGGCUAGUAGUUCCAGCUUCAUGGCUGAAAGAACCAUUUCUUAAAACCUAUUUUUAUACGUUGGAAGACGGAGAUUUCAAAGAAUGCUAUUUAUUCCUAUCUUUGUCCUAAAAUAUUAGUUCUCAAAAUGGAUUUCACUGUGGAAUAGAAACGACUUGGAAGUGUCAGAGGGAAGGGAAUCCCACGUCACCUCCCUGCAGGGACACGGAGAAGCUCGCGAUGCAUCUUCCCUGCAUGCGACAUGCGGUUUCAGAAGGGUUUUCCAUUUGGGGAGCGUUCCUGCUGGAAAUAACUUUAAAUAGGACGGAAUUUCCAGCAGACUCCUCCUCGCGCUGGCAAUCUGCAAAUUAAGCGUUAAUAAAUGCGCCAGGCUUGACGCUGAGCAGUGGGAGAGCGAAGAGAGAAGCCUCAAUUCAGCAGCGAGGUAUCGAUCAGAGUUCCACGAUGCUUUUCCUUAAAGCACCGUCACACUCCACUUUUCUUGGGAAACUUUUUCAUAGCACAGGCUUUAAAUCUUGGCAAAUUAAGUGUCAGACUUAACAAAACCAGUAGUCUAAGACUAGACCUUCGCCAUUACCCAAAUUCUGGUUCAGGCUGGCAAGCUGCAGGGUGAAGGAACUUGAAAAUGAAACGUAGUCUGGUGUUGGGCAGUGACGCUCCUCCCCAAAAUAGAAAUGCCAUUUAUCGACCCCCCUGUGCGUGGGUUCUGUUGGGUCUGUGUUUACUGGAGGGCAGGAAACUGGGAGCUGUGGGACCGGGGGAUUCUGAGAUGUGUUACGUGAGAUGGACGUGGGCGAAUCUGGACAAGAUCUGUGUAAUUGGGCACUUUGGAGAGCCUGGAAAUCACUUGUGCUGGUGGAGGCCCCAGUAACCCCGACACCCCCUGCCCAACGACAUCUCGGGUCAAAACCCCUUGGAACUACCUGUUUGCUCUCUUCAAUUUUUCUUCUGUAAGCAAGAAACGUGGUGGUACCGAAGCAGAAAGCGAAUCCUGUGUUUUCAAGUGCAGAUGAACAGCUUCUCUUGGACAUCACUUUCCACUAGGAAUGAAGGAAACUCCUGCUCCCAUUUGAGCCAUUUCUUUUACUUCGGUCAAUUCUAGUAUUACAAAUUGUGCAUGUAACUUUAUAAAUAUUUUAAAUAGUUUUGUAAAUAUUUAAUAUUCAGCUAAUUUGAUUUUGAAUUGUAAAUGUCAAGUAUUCUGGUAUUGGGAUUUUUAUGUUUUAUUAUACUUUGUUAAAAGUAAAAUUGUACAUUUUUAGAAUGUUUUUAUCUGAGUAAAUUUAAUGUAUGGAAAAUAAAGAGUUAAACAGAA